AUUUUGCUGAAUGUUAUUUUUCAAUGCAAUCGUUCUGAAUGAAUCAUGAUGUGGUGCAUUGGUUUUGGUAAGGUGCCCUCCCGUCAACAAGAAGUUUCUUAGGGAGUUGCUUGAUUCAUAUCUUGUUGUACAACGAAAGCAAUCUUCGUAGAGUGUGGGCAAAUACUCUUUAUUUGUUUACAUCUUAGCCUAGAAUGGUAAAGGUUGCAUGUAAGAUCACUUCCCAAGCCUGACAUCGUGCAUUGGUCUGUUCUUGUUGAUUUUGGUAUUUGCUUGUUGUUUUGCUUGCAUGUCAGAUCAAACUGGGGUUGAAAAAUAAUAUUAUCGUGAAUAAAAUUGCAACAUAUGGUGAUUUAGCAGAUUCAUGUGCAUGCUCGUUGAUGAGAGUGCUGUCAGUUUAAAGUGCAUGCAUCUUUUAUCAACCUGAAAGGAUAUGCUCUUAUUCAUAUGCAGAUCAUGCAGUAAACAGAUCACCUGUCAAAGUAUGCGCCAUCAACCGUUCUGCUUCAUCAGAAAUCAAAACUACUGUUCAUGUCCUAAAAGGCAAGGAAGUUUAUGCUACUACAGAGGCAAUAAAGAAGAGGGUCCAACAUGCCUAGAGUUGAUGAAUCCAUGGAAUGGGCCCCUACCCAGCACCAAUCAGAAAGAAAAGAAGAGAUCAUCAUUUCAAAGAAAAAGAAGCUUGUCUUCCUCAAUGAUUCCGGUUCACAUGCCUCCAAAAGUGGAGUUGUAUGUCAGACACAAGAUUCCAUGAACAGCAGAACAGCUCUGAUUUGCCCGGAGGUUCGAGGAUGAAUUACCAUCUCGGGUUAAAUGUCACUUUAGUGUGGUGGGACGCAUGCUUUUGGGAAUGAAUGAGAAUCUCCGGAUGACUCCGUGACCGACGGGGCGUGACAAUGUGGAACAGUUAUGAGCUUUACUUGGCUUGUGUCGCAUCGACGGAAACUCAAGUGGGUCACAAACAGCGAAUGAGUAUGGCGAAUCCAGAUGUGGAGAUGGUAAAUUGUGAUCCCGAUGGCUCGAAUUACUCCCAAGGAGAAAGGAACGAGGUGAGAGACCGGAACUGCUUGCUUGAUAUAGUCAAAAGACAAAGACGCGUCCGGGUGGCGCUGCUGCAUAUCUUUUGACCCUUCACACUGACUUCAUGGGCACGUUAACCCUAUUUGAUUACAAGAGUUAAAGGUAAGCAAACCUCUUUCUACUAUUUUGACACUAGUCAUUUCCUCCACGUCUUUGUGCAUAUCUAUAUUUGUAUAUAUAUAUAUAUAUAAUUUUCUGCUGUCAUUUUUACGGUCCUACCACUGUCAGCAUGAAACCAAAGUAUGGACAUCUCGUCGGGUCUCUUUCUUCUUUUGCUCUGCAGCGCAGCUUUACUUUAUUCUUCCACCCCCUCCCUCCCACACCCCAACACCGCCACCCCCCCCGCCUCCCCCUUCUGUAUUCGUUUGUGGUUCCGGCAAGCAGAGGGAGUUUACGACCUCCUCUGCUGCGGCUGCUGAUAGACUCUUAUAUACAUCGGCCUCUCUUCGACCCAAAGUGGCUGAAACCUCUGCAUGAUCUUAAUGUGAAUGGAAGCCACAUUGACAAGUCUUGAGUUCGAGAGCUUGGCUAGUGUAAUGGCGUUUUAGGGCUCUGUUGCUGCUGCUGGGUGAUUUGGAUCAGGCCGGUCCUCGAACCCUCUCUUGGUUGACCUCCAGUUUCAUGUCAAUGUCGUCCUGGAGUUGCUAAUAUAGGGGUCAUUUUCGCUGUUGACAUUAAGGAAGGAAUAGGUAAAAAAGAAUCAUUUUUCUGGUGGGGGGAUUUCUCUUGUUUGGUACUUGACCAGGGACCUGUUCUUGUGCUUGUUCUUGUUGGGCUUUCUCCUCCGCGAAUGAAUUAUAUACCGAUCAGUUAAGUCUUGCACCAAGUUCUUGGUGAAACUGCUCAUCUUAGAUUUAGCCUUUCCAAAGAUACACAGAUCAUUAGGGUGGUUCAUGCGAUAUCACAAGCUUUCAUUCGUAAGGUCCUUUGUAAAAUGAGUAAAAUGGGUGGCAAAUCCUCCGGGGAUAUUGAAGAAGGGACGCACCGCUCUCACCAGACUCAGAGCGAUGAAGAUAGCCUUUGCUUCUCUGAUGCAGAAGCACAUUCGUGGCAGUCGCCAUAUGGCUCCAACGGCGGCGGUUCCACUUAUGAUGAAGGUCGGGUCUCGGCUGCUUCCUGCCUUGAGAUUGAUGGGUCUCGAGAGCAUGGUAGAAAAUCCUGUGUCUCGGAGUCUUCACUUGAUGAUGAUGAUGAUGAUACGGAGAUGGGGGCUUCGGAGGUAAAGAUGAAUAUAGAUAAAUUUGAGCGAGACUGCAGGAUUUGUCAUCUCAGCUUGGAGAAGGCGGCUUCAGAGUCGGGUGUAACAAUUGUCUUGGGCUGCUCCUGCAAGGGUGAUUUAGCUGCUGCACACAAGCAGUGUGCUGAGACAUGGUUUAAAAUCAAAGGAAACAAGAUCUGUGAGAUUUGUGGCUCGACUGCACUGAAUGUGGCCGGUGUGAGCGACACCGAGCCCAUAGAGCAGUGGAGUGAGGCUAACACUUCUCAAGCACCGCCUGCCGUGCCGCCAUCUGAAACCCGGAGCUUUUGGCAGGGGCACCGUUUACUUAAAUUCCUCGUUGCAUGUUUGGUGCUUGCCUUUGUUGUUUCCUGGCUCUUCCACUUCAAUGCUCCAGGCUGAACAAUGGACAGGUUUGUGGGUAUUAAAGAAACAAGGGUAAAGCAGUUCUCUCUUGCUGCUCAAAAACCAUCAGCUGCAACACCAUUAAAACCACCAAAACAAUGAGCUUGUUUUGCAUUGAAGGGAAAAUGAUCAAGCAUACUGGAUGUGAUGAGGCACAUAAGAAGUUAUAGAUGUAGACAUCAAGUUUGUAGUGAAACCAAAGCCAACUUUCCACUUUACUUUAUUGUCCCUUGUUGUAUGGUUCUGCCAUUUUGUAAUUGUCUCUCCUUUGUUCACCAUUCUACCAUCAUUAUCCAGUGUUCUUUUAUCUUAAUAACACAUUCUUGCUGUAGCUUAUAUGA